UCCAGGUAUAAAAAACAAACUUAUCAAAACAGCCACUGGAUCACAACUGGAACAAUAGAGAGAGAGAGACAGCAUGAAUCUUCUCCUUUUGACAGUUACUCUGGGGCUUGCAGGAGCAUCUCCCCUGCCGGACAACAAGGUGUGUCAGCCUGACUCCAGACCCUGGCAGGUCUAUCUACAUGGGGAACGGUCGUCCUGCAGUGGAGCUCUUAUUAAUGAAUGGUGGAUAGUGACCUCAUUUAGCUGUGCACCCUUACCCUACAGCAGCACCGCAUCUCUGGGGGAACACGAUGUGGCUGUGGACGAGGGCACCGAGCAGCACAUUCAGGUCGCCGACGUCAUCAUACACGGCCCCUACCGCUCACCCCUCCACAGUCUGGCCAUGGUCCGACUGGCUGAACCAGCUCGCUUCAACCAGCACGUCCGGCCCAUCCCUCUGCCCAGUCGGUGCCCGCAGCCUGGAGAGACCUGCCAUGUCAGCGGCUGGGGAUCCACUGCCUGGAAUCAAUAUGAGAAUGAUCAACACCUGAAGUGCAUAACUGUGCCCAUUGUGGAUGACCAGACGUGUAUAAACACAUUCCCGGAGUACCUGUUCUGGAGCCCAGGGAUGGUCUGCGCUGGUCAAAAUAACACAGAUAACUGCCUGACUGAUGAUAGCGGUGUGAUGGUGUGUGAUGGCCAGCUGCAGGGUGUGCAGUGGUUUAGACAUGGCUGCAGUGACCCAGCUGACCCCAGUGUCUACACUAAACUGUGUUUGUACAAUGACUGGAUCAGAGACGUGAUGGACAACUAUGCACCCCCUCUAUCAACUGACAGCCCCCAAUGGACGACACAAACAGCCAGCAUAGACACGUCUACAUAGAUAAAAUGUAAAAACAAAAUUGAAGCAUUACUUUCAAGAAAAAACUAUGCUUUCUAUGACAGUAAUACUCUAAGUUAAGAUCACCAAUAAACAUUAAAAGACUCUUACAUUUUG